AGUUGAAUUUCAAUUGAAUUUCUCUUGGUGAUAAUACACGUGUUAUAACCUUUCUUCUACAUGUUUCUCAACUUUUAUUAACGACUGAUAUUGUUUUAUCGUGCGAUAUUGCCAGAUAUUGCGACGGAUACCACGAGAAUGCUACGCUCUACGAAAGAGUCGGACGAUGAAGCGGAGUCAAAAACAGGCCGCAUACAGACUCGAAUUCUUAGUUCACAUAUGGUAAAUUCUCCAUUGCGUCGUAGCAGCAGAAUAAAACAAGCUAAAAUUUCGCCAGGAUCUGAAAGUGAUACUAGCAACAAUAGUCAACCUGUCAGAAUUACCAGACAACGAACAGCGACUAUGGAUUCUAUUGUAUCAGAGACAGUAAAAAAACGACUUACUCGAUAUACUUCUGUCUCUUCAGAUCUUAAUGAGGCCUCAGAUAUUGAUAUGGGAACACCGACAAAAAGAAGAAUUACAAAGAACAGUACUACACCUACUCGAGCAACAAAUAAGCGCCUUACAAGAGCUGGUUCUGAGGCAAAGUCACCCACAUAUGUUAAAAUCACACGCAGGACAAGAUCUAGUUCUGUUGAACCAGAAUCUUUACAAGAACAAAAUAAGAGUCAACCUAGCACACCAGUCAGAAUACGCAGACGAACAUCUAUGUUACCAUCAGGCUCUCCAGUUAAAGAAGAAGCUGAAGAAGGAAAUAUUACGCCUAAACGAUUAAAUCCUACAAUAACUGAGAUUGAUGAACUUACAGGCACAGAUAAAAUAGCAAUUGUACCCGUUUUGUUAAAAUCAGAUGAAAUACUGUCAUUAUCUCAAAACAAAAGUAAAAUACAAAGCGAACAUAUGGAUCAAGUGACAAUGAAUAAGGAGCAAACAGUUGUUGAAGGCCAAUCCAGUUCUGAAGAAAGUUUGCUGCCUAAUAUUAGUGUAAGUGAUGAAAAAUCUACCGACAAUAACUCUUCAUGUUUGUUAGAAUCUAAUAAAGAAGAUAAAUCUAAAGAAAGUUUGUUAGUAGAGCAAUCGUUAAUCGACAUAUGUCAAGAUUCGUCUACAAAGAACUUAACAGAAAACUCUUUGAAUACUUUUAUUGAAGAACAAAAGAGAAGUAACAAGGAAAAUGAAACAUCAAACAUAAUUAGUGGCACAUCAGCAGAGAAGAAUAUACAACCUUUUAUUAGUAAUGUUGUAUCACUAAGCACAAAACAAUCUCUGACUUCAGCACUUGUGAAUAAAUUAGAUGAGAAAGAAGAAAAGUCCGAAGAAACAAAUAAAAUUUCACCUAUGAACCAAACUGAAACACAAGAGAAAAAUGUUAGUAAGAAAAAUUUGGACACUAAUAUUAUUACAGAAGAUGGCAACGAAAUGAAUUUAAUAUUGGAAGAACGAAGUCUAGAUCGACGUGAAAAUGAAGCUUUAUUAAAUGUAUCUGAUUCUGAUAAUGAAAAUUCUGAUAAUGAAAAUUCUGAAAAUCAGUCAAACAUAAUGGAUAAACAGUCAGCUACAGAUGAUAUAAUCAACAAUGAUACAGUUCAAGAUGAUGUAGACAAUGCUGAUUCUACAGAACAGGAACAGAAUUUAUCUGAAACAAAAUCACAACCAGAACCUUCUAAUAUUCCAACAAUUGAUUUGGAGUCCUCCGACUCGGAUACGAGUAAUAUAGUAAUUCAAGAUAAUCAGUCUUUUAAUAUAACAGAAACUUCUGAGAAAUCUGCAGUUGAUACCUCAGGAAACAGCAUCGAGUUAGUAUCAUCUCAGCCUGCAGCUUUAUCACAAGAAGCAGAAUCAAAAGACUCCUUUUCCUCAAAAAGCAAUUCAGAACAGAAGAGUGCAUGCAAUGUAUUUGAAGCUGAAGAAGAAAGCUCGCAAUUGGAAAAGAAUAAAAAAAAUCAAGAAGAUAUGGAAACUAUUGAUAAGGAUUCUGAAGUUAAUAUUGCUAUUAAACUCUUCCAAGAUAUUUCUGCUGACGAGUGGAAGAAGAAAGACGAUGAGGAUGAUAAUGGUUCGGUAAAUUCUAAUCAUCAAUCAGAGGCAAAGCAGGAAAGCGACGCUGAAUGUGAUCUCAUUUUGGUAGACAAGCAAGCCUGGCUAACUGCUAAAGAUAUAAAAGCACAAGAAGAGAAAGAAUCUUUUGAAUAUGACUCAGAUGAUACCGUGCUAUUGAAGAGCCAAUCAGAUGCAGCGCGAGCAAAUGAUGAAGCCAAAACUUUGGACAUUGUGGAUGAAGAAUCAGUAGAUAUUGAUAGUAAAAAAGACGAAAAAGUGGAAGAAAUCAAGAAACGAAAGUCAUUGACUAAAAAGAGAUCUAUAUCUAAACGAAAUGAAGAUUCUUCAUCUGAAUGUAUAGACGAUGAAGAAAUUUCAAUUACCGUUGUUAAAUCUAAAAUGUCCUUAAAUCAAAGUAAUAAUCCAUCCACUUCUAAAUUAAAUAACUCAGGACAAGCAGCGAAAGCAACAAAACAAACACAUGAAAAUUCGGAUGAAGAAGCUGAAGAUGAUGCAAAUAAAUUAAAUAGAAGCAGUCAAGUAAAUAAGAAUAUAUCUUUGCGAAAAUCAACAGGUGGAAGAAAAUCAUUGAAUAAAUCUUUGAUGAAUACGUCUUCAAAUCAAGACGAUGAUGAAGAGAAUGAUGUGCAAAUGAUCUCUAUAAAUAAAUCUCAAAUGGAUAUCUCGGAAGAAGACAACACAGAUGCACAUAAAGAAAAAAGUUUAAAGCAGACAAAACGUUCCUUGAAUAAAUCGCGCGAUAAUAAGACAGUUGCUGAUACCGAAUGUGAAAAGGACUUAUCAAACGAAGAUAACAAAAAUGCAUCCUUAAAUCGUUCAACAAAUAACAAGCCAAAGAUGAUAGAAAUAUCGGACGAUGAUGAAAGCGAUAAUAAAUGCAAUAACAAAAUGGCAUUAUCUGAAUUAAAAAAUUAUUCCAUAAUAGCACAUGCAGGAACAGAUACUGAAUCAAGCAACGAUGAUGAUACUGACGCCAACAGUAUAAAUAGUGAUGUCAAAAAAGAAUACAAUUUGGAUGGAAAGAAACAAAAGUUCUCAGAUGAUAACGUAGUUGGUGAUGAUUGUAGAGCUUCAGAAUCAGAAUAUUCAGAUUCUAAUGACAACGGUUCGGAUCUUGAUGGUUUUAUUGUUAGCGAUGAUAAAGUAGAAGAUGAGGAAGAAGAAGAUGAGGAAGAAGAAGAUGAUCAAAGUAUAAAAAAAGAUGAUGAAAGUGAGGAUGUAGUUACUGAAACUAUACAUGAAAAGAAUGAAGAAGAAGAUAAGGAUGGAGAAGAGGACGAAGAGGACGAAAAUGACGAAAUGGAUGUUAAAAUCAUAAGUGAAAUAGAAAAUAAAAAUGACAAAGAUACGUGCGUACAUAGUGAAGAGGAAGUGGAUGUUGAAAUCGUAGAUAAAUCAAUUGCAAAGAAAAACAAAAAGACCUUUGCAAAUAAUUUAAAGUCGCGCAUAGAAAGCAGUACACCAAAGCAUAGCGCUGAUAAACAGGCAUAUUGGAUUUGCGAGCCACCCGAAACACCCUCAGUAGAUUUACAUCCGGCAUUGUUUCAUAAGGAUACUUGGUACUCAGAUGCGAAGAAAACAAGAAAAGAUACUUUUGAGAAAUUGAAGACUCCUGUAAAAGGAAAUACUAGUUUAAAGGAGUUCAAUCAUACAAGUUAUAGAGAAGAGAAGUUAAAUAGAAGUCUUCCAUCUGACUUGCCGAAUGUGAAAAUCAAAAAAGCUCAUACCGUUAAACCGGAUGUCAAAACCAAUCUCGCAAGACUACACAAAACAAUGAACAUUUCCGAUGAUGACAUGUCCACAAUAAGACAUCUUAGAAAGGAAAAAUUAAGUGAAAGUGUACCAUUAAGAGUUGACACAAAAGUUACUCCAUUAAAGAAAAAAUUAUUGCUAAGGGAAGAAACGAAGAAGAAUACUACGCAGAUAGAAAUAAAAGAAAAAAAUAAUGAGGAAGAAGUAUCUGAUCUGGUAAUGCCUUCUACGGAUGAUGCUAUACAAAAACAUAGUCAGCGGAAAAAACACAAGAAGCAAGCGGGAGAAGCAUUGAAUGAAAAUAUAACUAAUCAGGAUAGUCGGCAGAAAAAACGCAAGAAGCACGCGGAAGAAGCGUUGAAUGAAAGUAUAACUGCUCAGGAUAGUCGGCAGAAAAAACGCAAGAAGCACGCGGAAGAAGCGUUGAAUGAAAGUAUAACUGAUCAGGAUAGUCGGCAGAAAAAACGCAAGAAGCACGCGGGAGAAGCGUUGAAUGAAAAUAUAACUGAUCAGAAUCAAAAAGUUAUUGAGUCAACAACAAAGAUUGAAGUUGCCAACCAUUCUCCAAUGCUAACUGCGAAAGAUACCACUAGUAAAAAUUUGGAACAGAUUAAGAAAAAGAAGAAAAAGAAGCAAAUCGACGUAAUUGAACAGAACGAAAAUGUUGGUGAAGAUAAUACAACUAAUUCAAAGCUAGUUGCACAGAAGAAGAAGAAAUCUGCCCAGCAUUCCACGGUGUUAAUCACAAAAGAUAAUAACAGUAAAGAUUCGGACCAAAUUAAUGAGAAAAAGAAGAAAAAGAAAAAGAAGCAAAUUGACAUAAUUGAACAAGAGGAAAGUAUGAACGAAGAUAAAAAGAAUGUUCGCAGAAACGAAACGGAAUUAGCACAGCGCAAUAAAAAGAAGGCUGACAAAAUAGUAAGUAGUUUAGAGCGAGAUGACUACACGGUUGCAAGAAAGAAACGUAAAGAAAAAGAAGUACUGGAAAAUAAAGAAACUUUAUCAGAAGAAUCAACGAAAAACAUUGUGCAAAUAAAGACAAAGAAGAAAAUUAACAAGAAAGAAAACGCAUGUAACCAGAUGAUGCCGAUUAGCGACGAUACUGUACAAAAACGUAGUCAGAAGAAACGCAAGAGGCAGACGGAAGAACCAUUGAAUGAAAAUAUUGAUGAUGAAGUUGUAUCUCAAGACCCAAUAGAAACGAAAAAGAAGAUUAAACGUGUUAAGUUUUCCGCAAACGAAGAGGAAAUUAAAUUUGCUAAGCAGAGAGAACCAGUUACAAAGGAUGAUGUCUACGAAAAUUUGAAUCAGAUUAAUGAGAAAAGAAAGAAAAAGAAAAAGAAGCAAGUAGCCGUAACUGAACAGGAUAACAUCAUAAACGAAGAUGAUAUUAACGCUACCAAAAUUGGUCGGAGAAAAGAAAAAGAAAAGAAGCAAGUAGCCGUAACUGAACAGGAUAACAUCAUAAACGAAGAUGAUAUUAACGCUCCAAAAAUUGGUCGGAAGAAAAGAAAAAGAAAAGAAGCAAGUAGCCGUAACUGAACAGGAUAACAUCAUAAAC